GUCAGUCGUCGUCAGUCAGUCACUGUCGUCUUCGUCGUAGAUUCUCGUUCGGAUCGCACAAUCUCUGUUGCUUCAGAUUCAAUCCUCUGCUGUGCUUCUGCAGUUCAUGGUGAAGAAAACGUUUAGUUUGGUGCCCAUCUCCAGAAGCAUUUCUCGAUUGCUUGAAGUUCUGGCGAUAGCGUUGAUAAUAUUCAAUCAAAUAUUUGUUAAUUGAUGCACCCUGGAGAAGGACUUGCUUGAAGCAAAAACCUGUUUAGUGUGUUUGGGGAUUUUCCAUUAGGUACAAAGCCGGUCCGGCAGUGGAUCGCUAGUUGGAUGUGAUUCGGUAUGCCCGACAUCAAGAUUACGCCCUUAGGGGCAGGCCAGGAUGUGGGCCGGAGUUGCAUUUUGCUGUCGAUGGGUGGUAAGAACAUUAUGCUCGACUGUGGCAUGCAUAUGGGCUACAACGAUGAGAGGAGAUUUCCGGAUUUCUCCUUCAUUGUUCCGGAGGGUCCAAUCACGAACCACAUCGACUGCGUCAUCAUAUCGCACUUCCAUCUGGACCAUUGUGGAGCGUUACCCUACAUGACGGAGAUGAUAGGCUACACCGGACCGAUCUACAUGACCCAUCCGACCAAGGCGAUUGCCCCGAUAUUGCUGGAAGAUAUGCGAAAGGUUGCUGUUGAACGGAAAGGCGAGAGCAAUUUCUUCACCACGCAAAUGAUCAAGGACUGCAUGAAGAAGGUGAUUGCUGUGACAUUGCAUCAGAGCGUCAUGGUAGACAGCGAGCUGGAAAUUAAGGCAUACUACGCGGGUCAUGUGCUGGGAGCGGCAAUGUUCUGGAUCCGGGUCGGGUCCCAGUCGGUUGUGUACACCGGGGACUAUAAUAUGACGCCGGAUCGACAUCUGGGCGCGGCGUGGAUUGACAAGUGCAAACCGGACCUGCUGAUAACGGAGAGUACCUAUGCGACUACGAUUCGGGAUUCGAAACGAUGCCGAGAGCGCGACUUUUUGAAAAAGGUUCACGAAUGUGUCGCCAAAGGAGGAAAAGUGCUAAUUCCAGUGUUUGCUCUGGGCCGCGCACAAGAGCUCUGCAUUUUACUCGAAACCUACUGGGAACGAAUGAACCUCAAAUACCCGAUCUAUUUUGCCGUGGGAUUGACCGAAAAGGCCAACAACUAUUACAAAAUGUUCAUUACCUGGACCAACCAGAAGAUCCGCAAAACGUUCGUGCAGCGUAACAUGUUCGAUUUCAAGCACAUCAAACCGUUCGACAAGGGUUACAUUGAUAAUCCAGGAGCGAUGGUGGUCUUCGCGACGCCCGGAAUGCUUCACGCUGGAUUAUCUCUUCAGAUUUUCAAGAAAUGGGCUCCCAACGAGAAUAACAUGGUCAUCAUGCCUGGAUAUUGCGUCCAAGGGACAGUCGGGCACAAAAUCCUCGGAGGUGCCAAGAAGGUCGAGUUCGAGAACCGUCAGGUGGUGGAAGUGAAAAUGUCCGUUGAAUAUAUGAGCUUCAGCGCCCAUGCCGAUGCCAAAGGCAUCAUGCAGCUCAUUCAGUACUGUGAGCCCAAAAAUGUGAUGCUGGUUCAUGGCGAAGCCGUUAAAAUGGAAUUCUUGAAGGAAAAGAUCAAGGAAGAAUUUCACAUCGAGUGUUACACACCGGCCAACGGAGAAACCUGCGUGAUAAGCACACCGAUUAAGAUCCCAGUCGAAGCAUCGCUGUCCAUCUUGAAGGACGAAGCCAAAAAGUACAACGCAGAACCACCGGAUCCGAAGCGAAGACGGGUCAUCCACGGACUUCUGAUAAUGAAAGACAACAAAAUCUCACUGAUGAGCAUCGACGAAAUUUUCAACGAAUGUGGAAUCAACCGUCACGUUAUCAGAUUCAUUUCCAAAGUGAAAAUUGAUGACCCCGGCCCUACCCUGCGGACAAUUGAGAAGUUGUACAACCUGCUGAACGAGCGGCUGUCCGGUUGGACUGUAACGAUGAACGAAAACGGCUCGAUCAACGUGGAAUCGGUUAACAUCACGAUCGAAGGGGACGAAUCAAUCGCCGGACCACCGGGAUCGGCUUCCGUACCUCCACCGCCACCGAAUGCCGCAACGCCGAACAAAAUUUGUAGCGUUUCGUGGGUCAACCAGGAUGAAGACUUGGGUAGCUACAUUCUCGGUUUGCUGCAGAGCUUGUAAGGCUUUCUAGUUUGUGUAAGAUUCGAUUUAGGUGCACCUUGAUUAUUUUUAUAAAGAUUUCUAGUGUUAGAUGAAACGGAAAUAAAAGGGGAAACAUGA